ACGACUUAUCAUAUGCAAUGGGAAACAAAUACACACAUAUAUAUGAUAUCAGUGUAUAUUAAAUAAGGAUAAAGCGCCAGUGUGUCAAGAAACAAAGUUUUAGGGCUGCGUGCAACAUGCAUUUGAUUAGAGCCAGAAAUGACAACUAAACACAGCUUUAGGUCAGAAAUAAGGUUGUAAAUAUAAGAAUGCUUCAGUUUUACGUAGUUUAAACACUAAAAGUGGAUUUUCUGUUCAGAUUAAAAGUCUGUGUAGAUUCUCAGUCGUCCAGAUUGUGUGUUUCAGGUUAAAUAAAAAAGUAACUGGACCAGAAGUCCAGCUGCUUUUUUACUGAAGGUUUUAUAAUUAUUAGAUUCUAAACAGUUACAUACUUUAAAAGCAAGCUUCAAAUGUUUUCUAAAUUUUCAGAGGUCAUAGUCGAGGAGCGGCUACAACCCUGCUUGUAUUAUGCGAUCCCUCUCUUCGGUCAAUAAGCGUAUUGAACGCGGACUGAAAUCUAACGGCUGCCGUAACGUUACUGUCGCAAAGCCCAACUGUCGGGAACGCUGGCCGCCCACUGAAGAUGGCGGCGGAGCUGCAUCCGCGGAGCGGAAAGCUGAUCGGCCUGUCCAACUCGAACCGAACCGCCAGGCGCAACCAGCCAGUCCAGGAGUUCAACCACGGACUGGUGCUCAGCAAGGAGCCGCUCAGGGACCGGGAUGUCUUCACCGUCCGCAUUGACAAGAAGGUGAACUCGUGGAGUGGCUCCAUUGAAAUUGGCGUGACAGCACUGGACCCCGCAGCGCUGGACUUCCCCAGCAGCGCCACAGGCCUUAAGGGCGGCUCCUGGAUUGUAUCGGGCUGCUCGGUGCUCCGUGAUGGCCGCUCUGUCCUGGAGGAGUAUGGCCGCGACCUCGACCAGCUAGCUGAGGGCGACCGUGUAGGCAUUCAGCGCAGCUCCCAUGGAGAGCUCCACCUCUGGGUUAACGGGCAGGACUGUGGUGCGGCUGCCAGCGGUUUGCCGCCCAAGCUGUGGGCAGUUGUGGAUUUGUAUGGCAAAUGCACUCAAGUAACAGUGGUGAGUUGUGAGCCGCCACCGCCCUCCGCAGAGAGAGAGCGAGAGACAAUAGAGCGGGACGAGGAGGAGGAAGAUGAGGAGGACGAGGAGGAAGAAGUGGUAGUGUGCGGGGGUCGUGAGGAUGUGGGAAUUGCGGCACUGAUGAAUGUGGCAGCAAUGAAUGGAAUGAUGAACGGAGAUGAAGUGCCUGAGCUUAGCUGCAGUCACAGCAGACCAGACAAGUUCCCCAACAACCUGGAGCCUGACACUGUUUUGACAGAACACCAGCUUUUUGACGUGUUCAACAACGCAAUAGUUUCAUUUUAUCGUUCUGAAGAUGAGGGCGGAGGGAGUGAUGGUGGAGGUGGGGGUGGAGGAGGAGCUGGAGGAGGCAGCGGCGGAGGGGGCAAUGCAUUACCUGACUCCUCCUCCAGAAAUGAGAGGGGGAGCAGCAGCGGAGGAGGCGCAGUUAACAGUGACAGUGGAUCUGGGACAACAGGAGGCGGAGGAGGUAACGGUGGUGGAGAUGGUGGAAAUGCUAAUAACGGCCCUGCUGGUAACGGAGGGGCGCUGCCAGGAGCUUUGACAGGUGGGAUGACCACCAAUGACGCACUGCUGUUCCAUGAGAAGUGUGGCACGCUGAUCAAGCUGAGCAACAACAACAAGACGGCGGAGCGAAGGAGACCGCUGGAUGAGUUUAACAACGGUGUAGUGAUGACCAACCGCCCGCUCCGACACAACGAGAUGUUUGAGAUCCGGAUUGAUAAGCUUGUUGACAAAUGGUCAGGCUCAAUAGAAAUCGGUGUGACCACACACAACCCUAACAAUUUGGAUUAUCCUGCAACUAUGACUAAUCUGCGCUCAGGUACAAUCAUGAUGAGUGGCUGUGGGAUAUUAACUAACGGGAAAGGAACCCGCAGGGAGUACUGUGAAUUCAGCCUUGAUGAACUUCAGGAGGGAGAUCACAUAGGGUUGAUGCGCAAAGCCAGUGGAGCACUCCAUUUCUACAUCAAUGGCAUCGAUCAAGGUGUUGCAGCAGCCCAGACCCCUGGCGUGGUCUAUGGCGUGGUCGACCUCUACGGCAUGGCCGUCAAAGUCACCAUAGUCCACAACCACAACCACAGUGACCGCCUCAGACGCAACAACGCCAUCAUGAGGGCUCUAUCCCCUGAUGUUGGCCGACCUCGGCCAGCCCUCUCUCUCACUCCAGACACAGAGGGGCCUGACCGUCUGCUCUUCCACCCCAACUGUGGCCAGAAGGCUGCGAUCAUCAGUGAUGGCAGGACGGCGUUGCGGCCACAUGCGACAGAUGACUUCAACCAUGGCGUGGUCCUGAGCAGCCGGCCACUACGUUCCAACGAGGUGUUCCAGGUUCGCAUAGACAAGAUGGUGGACAAGUGGGCAGGUUCCAUAGAAAUUGGUGUCACAACGCACAACCCCGCCUACCUGCAGCUGCCCUCCACCAUGACAAACUUGCGCUCAGGGACGUGGAUGAUGACGGGGAAUGGUGUGAUGCACAAUGGCACAACAAUACUGGAUGAGUAUGGACACAACCUGGACCGACUCAAAGCAGGUGACACAGUCGGUGUAGUUCGGAAAGAAGAUGGCAGCCUCCAUUUCUUUGUGAACGGUGUGGCGCAGGGCCCGGCAGCCUGGAAUGUCCCCCCGAGUGUCUACGCCGUGGUUGACCUCUACGGCCAGGCGGCUCAGGCGACCAUCAUGGAUGACAUGGUGGACCUCCCCCCUCUUCCAGAGGACAGCACAGAGGGCCCAACAGCCAUUUCUCCUGGGAGCCCCUGCUCAGUAGGGGGCGCCACCACAACCACUGACCUGCGUUUUCACCAGCUGCACGGCACCAAUGCUGUCAUCACCAACGGUGGGCGCACGGCCCUGCGCCAGAACUGCCGCAGCGAGUUCAACGACGCUAUUGUCAUUUCCAACAGGUGCCUUCGGGAUGGAGAGUUGUUUGAAAUUGUUAUUCAGAAGAUGGUGGACCGCUGGUCAGGUUCAAUAGAAGCAGGAGUGACAGCCAUCAGGCCAGAGGAGCUUGAGUUUCCAAACACUAUGACUGAUAUUGACUAUGACACCUGGAUGCUAAGUGGAACAGCGAUCAUGCAAGAUGGCAACACAAUGCGCAACAACUAUGGUUGUGAUUUGGACUCCCUGACCACAGGCUCGCGAAUCGGCAUGAUGCGCUCAGCCAGUGGCGACCUCCACUAUUAUAUCAAUGGCUUGGACCAAGGUGUUGCCUGCUCUGGUCUGCCACCAGAGGUGUAUGCGGUUAUCGACCUGUACGGUCAGUGUGUUCAGGUGUCCAUCACCAGCUCCUCAGGUCCACUGGAUAACAGUCUCUGUACCAGCAACAUCACUGAGAAGAGCUUCCCCAUCCACUCACCAGUAGCAGGUGUUGCCCAUCGGCUCCACAGUAAACAUGGUAAGAACGUGGUGCUGCUCGGCGAGGGUUGCCAGGCUGUCAGAGUCGGUGGUUAUGCACAUGGCAUCGUGUUCAGUGCAAAGGAGCUCAGAGCAGAUGAGCUGUUUGAGGUGAGGAUUGAUGAAGUGGAUGAGCAGUGGUGCGGUUCGCUGCACAUCGGUCUGACAACACUGGCACCUCCGGAGUUGCCGUCUUGCCCCCUGUCAGGUCUCUCCCCCUCCCUCCCACAGCUCCGCACCAAGGUCACCUGGCUGCUCUGCGGCUCUGAAGUCCGUCGCAACGGAGUGCUGCAGCGGCAGAACUACGGUUGCUCACUGGACCGGCUGAUGGUUGGGAACCGUGUGGGUGUGAAGAGGUGCAAUGAUGACACCAUGCAUAUCUUCAUUGAUGGAGAAGACAUGGGACCUGCUGCCACCGCCGUAGCCAAGAAUGUUUACGCAGUUUUGGACCUGUAUGGACGUAUUACAGCAGUGUCCAUCGUCAGUUCCUCGCUGAUGGAGGACAUGGAGAGUGUCAAGGCGCCCUCGCUGUCCUCAGACAGCUGCAGUGAAGGAGAGGAGGACAGCACCCCUGUGAGAGAGGUUGAGAGUGAGCCAUGUGCACUGGUGCCUACUGUAAUGGCAUUCCUGGAAAACCAUGGCAAAAACAUCCAGCUGUCUAACCAGAAUCUGACAGCAGCCAGAGUGUCAAGCUACAACCAGGGCCUGCUGGUCACCGCCCAGCCGCUGGCUCAUCAGCAGCUGUUUCAGUUUCAGAUCGACCGCCUGAACCCGUCAUGGACGUCAUCAUUGUCGUUAGGGGUGAUAGGCCACUCCCCCGACCGACUCAACUUCCCUUCCACGGCAUGCUGUCUGAAACGCUCCGCCUGGCUGCUGCAGCGAGACUCUGUCUUCCACAACUCCCUAAAGAUAUGUGAGAACUAUGGCCCUAACCUGGAUACUUGUCCGGAGGGGACAGUGUUGGGUCUGCUGGUGGACGCCAACAGUUGUCUCCACCUCUAUGUCAACGGCAUGGAUCAGGGCGUGGCGGCACAGGACAUCCCUUCGCCCUGCUACCCCUUCAUUGACCUCUAUGGCCAGUGUGAACAGGUUACUAUAGUAACAAACAACGUGCCAGCUGUGGGAGGAGAGAGCGGUGAGACCCGCUGUCAGGGCGACAUGGAGAAGGCAGACAUGGUUGAUGGAAUCAAAGAGAGUGUGUGCUGGACGCCCCCUCCAGAGGUCAACCCCAACAAGACCUGUGAGUACCAGGCGCUGUGCUCACGCUUCAAGGACCUGCUCACAUUACCAGAUGGUUACUUCAAUGAAGACGCAAAGUACAACCUGUGCUACUGUGAGUCCUGCCACAAGCUUCGGGGUGACGAGGCUUAUUACAAAAGAGGAGAGCCACCCCGCGACUAUGCCCUGCCCUUUGGCUGGUGCCGCUUUGCCCUCAGGAUCAAGUCCCACUGUGAGGUGUCUAAUGCAUUGAAGAAGUGGCACAUUGCGUACCACGGCACCAGUGUAGGAGCUCUGCGACGCACACUGGACCACAGCCAGCUCCUGCCUGGGACGUCGUCAAUCUUCUCCGUGUCGCCCGUGAAGGCGGAGGGGCCCAACGGCUACAGCGAGCCCGAGGAAAACAGUGCUCCAGGCAGGGAGGUUCCCAGAGUGCGGCUCUCCCCCACCAUGCGUUACUCUGGAUUGGAGAUCUUUGCUCCCAAAGUGCAAUUUCAGGACCCCCGUUCUCACCGUUCCCACCAGGCUCAGGUGGGAUUCCAGGUGUGCGUACGUCCAGGAUCCUACAAGGUUGGACCUCAGACACUUGGUCAAAGUGAAGCCCUGGAUCCUCGCUUCAGCAACUCAGAGAUUGAGUGGAUAACUAAGGAGCAGGGCGGCACGCUCCUUUACGGACUGCUCAUUCGGGUCGAAUGAACGGAGCAACGAAGGAGGCAUUCGGGGGGAAGUGGGGAGCGUUUACGCGGCACUCCUCGUACUUUUAAUAAACUGACAACCAAAUCCAACCCCUGCCUUGAGCGAGAGACUCCUCUGGAACCCAGCUGUUCCUACUGUGGAUUGUUGACAAUUCAGCAUUUUUGAUUUUUAUUUUUUUUGUCAGUUUUUGGUUGUUUGCUCUCGGACUCUUUUAAUGGCCAGGGGGCUACGGCGGUUUCCAAGAACAGACACUGCCUGCACUUUAUGUUUCGGACACUCGUGGGCGAUUUUUAAACUAACUUCUCAUCGACACGACAUGUUUGUUCAUUCGCUGAAGUUGUUUUGGGUAUUUUUUGCCACAAUUAUGUUCUCAUUCUUCCUCAUCACUUGUUUUCUUCCACUCUCAUAAACAGCUACAUUUUCUUUUUCGGCACUUAUUUGAACACUUAUCACCUUUGUUCUGGUCAGUGUUUCAUUUUGGGAGGAGCUUGUUUCCUGCCAAUCUGCACGUUAACAAAAAAAAGGAAAAAAAAAAGGACUGAAACAUGGGUAAAAAAAAAAACAAGAGUGACAGUGUUUUCACAAAAACAUAUAUAUAAGAAAAAACAGAGACACUUGAAUCUGAGAAUGAACCCAAGAGUGUCAUGUGAUUGUGACUUCUUUAGAAGGAUUUUAAAACUGGAGGUAAAAAAAAGAUGUUUACACACGUACCACUAUAUGUUGCUGUCCUCUUCAUGUCUCCACAUUAGCAGUCUGGCUUUUUUUCAUGAGUCAUGUUUGCUUUUCUGCUCUGGCCCAGCAUCAUAUCUGACUCCUCAUCAAAUAGAAAACACUCAAAAGUUGUAAUGUGGAGAAAACUGGAGCUUUGAGUCAGAAAAUUGACUUCUGAAAGAUCAAACUGCACCUUUUGCAAACUUAAAAUAGUGCCAGAUGAUGAAUGAUUAAUUAUGUUCCAGCCUUACAACUUGUGUGUGUUACAAGUUAUGGGAUACAUCAGUAAAUAUGUUUUAAAAAUAUUCUGUAUUUAGACAUGGUGGGUGUGGGAUAUACAGACCUACUGUUUCUGGCUGAGUGCAAAGAUUUAAAGGAGUUAUCAGCUUAUUUGCUAAGCGUUAGAUGAUUAUCAUUUCUCCACUUUUACCUCUGUAUAUUAAAUAUGAAGCUACAGCUAGCAGCAAGCUAGUCCCGUUCAAUUCCCUCCCAGAUGGUUCCCAAAGAAAAGUUUUUUUUUUUAACUAUCUGGGAAAAGCCACAGAGAGUUAACACCCAUGCCUUAUAUGAAGUGUUUUCAAACAAUAUUUUUUACUUUUACCUGUGAAAAGGAUGAAACCUAGUGUUAAGUGAUUGGUAUAGCAAGUGUACGUCAGGUUAAGCACCUCCACGGUGUGCAGCUACUUCCCGUUUCUAUGGAGACCAUCUGGAAAUGUGAGCGGCGCAGCCCUGAACAGAUCAGCAGGCGGCUAGCUUAGCAUAAAGGCUGGAUAUGUGGAGAAAUUACUAGAAGUACUAUCCAACAGUAAUGAAAUAAUACACCUGACAGCACCUCAGAAAUACAAAUCAGCAUGGUUUUUACUCAUCUAGUUACUUUGGACAUCAACGGUUCACCGGUUACGUCCUGAGCUGGUUGCCUGGCAACGGCUAAAAAGCUUAUAAUUUUGACAAAGAAAUGGUGCAAAGGCACAAGACAAAGUGCAAAAAUACUUGUGAAACUGUGAUUAGCCCUUUUUACACCUCUGUUUUUUAGCUUUAGAAGCGGCGGCAGUCUGUAAAGAAUCGAUGCUUACUGUAGCUUUAAAUAGCGGUAACAGUCAAACUCCGAAGGUUAAAAAGGCCCCAAAGCAAACUGUUGUUUUAAAGGUGGAUAAAUGAACUCAGUCUCACUCCUGUCAUCGUUUACACCUCCACGCUGAUCCAUCCACCGGUCACGUCUGACACCGUUUACCCGGCAGGACCGCCACAGUCGACAAGGACUUACGAGCUCAGUGUUCAGUCAUCCGCAUCACACGACCUACUGGUGUUUACAUGUGAAUGUUUUUUUAAUUAGGGCUCGGCAGUUCUUUUACUCCAACGGACAUAAUUGAUUUACACUUGUCAAAUGUUUAUACGAGGGUUUUUGUCUGAUCCGAAACAUCCACUUUGAUUGAUUGUAUGUGAGCAGCUUUACAUCAGUCUCCAUCCUGUUGCCAAUUUGCUGAAUCUCCUACAGAUAAUAAAUUCUAAUUUAAGAAGCUCAGUCACCUUCUAAGAGCAGCUGUCGUCCGACUGAUAGGAGAUCGAAGGUGUUCGGCAAAGAAGAGAAAACUUCCAGUGAAAAAUGUGAAAAGUACUAUUCUAUGGGUUAUUUACAGCCCAGUGCUGCUUUGUACAAUUUAAUUUGUAUUUUUUUGUUUGUUUUCUGUAUGUUGCGUUGUAUAGGCUGUUACAUAACAAAUCAUAUCUUCCCGAUUUAUAAAAAAUACAAAUAAACUGACUGACAGUAUGCACACACGA